GUUUUCUCAAUUUCCAGAUUCCUAAACACCGAAAAGCUACUACACGUACUACUGGGUUCGGAUUUCUGCUUUGCUUUAUCCAACCCUUUCGGCCAUUUGUGGUAUCUUGCGUCCCUCGACUCUAGAUGUCAUUCGCUCCUCCACCCGGACCUCCGAUUCCUUCGGUCCCUGAAGGAUGGAAGGCUCAGUUUGAUGACCGGUAUAAGCAAUGGUUUUAUGUAAAUUUACGCACCGGCAAAUCACAAUGGGAAUAUCCCGAAGAGCUGCCUCAAGCGGAAAAUGAUAGACCGCCGCCAUCUUACGAGGCGUCUGGCUCUGCUGAUCGACCUGGUUUGGCUACCACUAGCGACAAGGAAAGGCUGGACUUAAAGACUCAGUACAAUCCAUCGGGAUCUAGAGACAGUACGUUGGCGAGCGAUGCCCGGCUGGCUGCGCAGUUACAGGCCGAGGAGGAUGCUCGAGCUUGUCGAAGAAGUCCAGCACAGUAUGGUGCUGCGUCCGACUAUUAUGUUGGGGACUCUCGGGUGCAGUCUGCAGGAUAUCAAACUCCCGAGGGCACGUCUUCCGGAUCGAACCAGCAGCGCAGCAAGGGCUUCUUCAGCAAGUUAAUGGGAAGGGGCACCGGUGGCAGCAAUGCGGGUUAUGGGCGACCACAGCAGUCCUAUAAUUACCCUCAGGGCGGGUACUCUGGUGGCUAUCCCUCGCAGCAGGCAGGGUAUGGUUAUCCUUCGUAUCCGGCACAAGGCAACUAUUACCCCCCGCAGCAGCCGCAACAACAGCAACGACGGCAUCAUGGAAUGGGGACGGCAGGCGCUGCAGCGUUAGGAGUUGGGGGCGGUCUUCUCGGGGGUCUGCUACUGGCGGAUGCCGCUGAAGAUCUCUCGCAUGAUUUCGCUUCUCCGCCGCCUUCCGACUUUGGAGGGGGUGAUUUCGGAGGGGGUGAUUUUGGGGACGGUGAUUUCGGAGGGGGCGAUUUUGGAGAUUUCUAGACCAUCCGGCGAGUUAGGGCAUCGAGAGCCAUAUAGUCGACGUCUUGUACUUAUGUCUUUCUUGUGGUGUCUUUUUAGCC